AUGACGGACUUGUUCAAUCAUCAUGAGCAACAGUUCGGGAACCUCAGCGCCGAAAUAACAGCGCGAAUUUGCAAGAUUCCGAAUUUACAUGGAUGUAAGUUUCGAUCGUGUUCAGAUUUGAUCAAAUUGACAUUGUCACUUGAUUAGAUUGCCAGCGAAUGGAAUAGUUUACCUUAGUUUAUUUUUUCCCAAAUCAAUUGUGCGUUGGUUCUUUUUAGCCGCUAAAAAGAGUGCUGUAACGGACGUGGAAAGAUGUUUUGACGAAGCUCGAGAAUUGGUAAGUAAUUUUGAAAAUUUUGUUGUCAAAUUUAUGGCAACUUGAUUAAUUAUUACACGUUGAAUUGAUGGAGUGGUUUAUUUUCUCUACUGUAAUCGAAAUUGCUUUAGAUUGUAUUUAUCCAAUUAAAGAGAAAGUGAAUUUUGACAUUUCUUUUGUAACUGUGUGUGAACACUGUUCAUGAGCGGAAAUAUUCUCAUUCUCAAACGAAUAUUACCGACUGAGAAUACUUUUUCCACUGUAGGUCAUAUCAGUAUAGCUAUGUUCUACUUAUCUGAAGAUAAAUUUAUUUUGAUGAACUCUGGUAUUUAAUUGAAAGAAUUUGUCUGUUACAAAAUCACAUGACAGAAAGAUUGUUGAAAACAAAUUUGUGAUAUAAGGGACUGGUCACCAGUCAUUAUUUAUGUAGAGGAGUGGGGGAGAGUGAAAAAUAUGUUGAAAAGAUCAAAAUUUUAUUAGUCCCCCCCCCCUUUCCAGGCCCCCCCUCCCACUGUCACCGCAGAUCUCCUGUAUAUUCCUAUCAAUUAUUAAAAUUCAUGCCAUGGACAACCAUAAGUUGAUUACUCUAUGUUUAACACUCACCUUGGGUAAUGCACCACUCUUAAAAUGUACCUCAAACUGCAGACCCCCUUCUAAACUUCGGCAUAAAAAGUUUAGCCCCCCCCCCAACCAAUCUGAAAUAGCCUUGAUCCCUUCUUUUCCCCUUUCUCCCCCCCCCCCCUCGGAGACAUUAUCAAAUUUUGAGGUGCUAAGAGUACCCUGAUUGGUCAAAAACCUAUCAUUUAUUGCACCAGUAACAGAUUGAACAAAUGGAAUUUACUUCAAGUCAGAGAAGUUAAACAGGAGAAGAAAAAAAGUUUGUGAACUGACAAAAAUAGACUUAAAGUGUGGAUUAUUACACCAGUGAAAAGAUAGAAAUGAAAAGAUUUGAUCAGGAUUUGGUAUGGAAAAAAAUGUCUUUAUUGAGCUAUUCUCUGUGAUUUAUAACUGAUUUUGUAAUAUUUCAAAACUGUUAGCUAAUACAGUAAAUGGUUUGAACCAGGAGAAGAAAAAACCAAACUGACAAAUAGACUUAAAGCUUACACGAAUGAAAUGAAAAGAUUUGAUCAGGAUUUGGUAUGGAAAAAAAUGUCUUUAUUGAGCUAUUCUCUGUGAUUUAUAACCUGAGAAGGAAAACUGUUUUCGGUUGAACCCGGGGUAUGGUUUCAGGUUGUCAAAACAUCAGUAACCAUUACCAACAACAGUCCUUCUCAGGACUACACUCACCUGAACAAUCAAACUACACUAUUACCUGUUAGCUAAUGUUGAUCACAAUAGGCCUUAUACAAGAAAAGAAGUUUAUCAUGUUCUACAUUAGACUGAGGGUGGGGGGAUAGAUACAUUAGGAAGUUUUUGUGGAGUUUUUUUUAUUGUACCAAUUGGAGUGAUAACAAAAAUAAUUUAUUGUAACCUAGUCUGAAGAAUAUAACAAUAACUCAAUGGAAUCUUGCUUAAGGUUACCAGAGUUGUGGUCCAUUUUUAGCAACUUUCAGCACAUACAGUGCAAGUGGAAAUCUGUAGCUAAUGACUGCAUGAGUGCAGUACUGCUUCUUACUUUUACUGCUGCCAAGUAUAAUGUUACCAUUCUGGUGAACAUGCUGAGCACAACAGAAAAAAGAACUUGUGUAUUCACUUGCCAUACUCAGCCAAAAGUAGCUAAAAGCUAACAGAUCAUAUGCCUAAACUGUACCUUUAAUAAUUUUGCAUAUCUUUGUAAUUUUUUCAGAGGUCACCACCCUCCCCUCCUAGAAUUAAAAGUUGGAAAUGGUUUCCUUUACCCUUCCCCAAAUACUCUGAGAACUCACUAUGCUGUUCUUUUUUUUUUUUUUUUUUUUUUUUUUAAACCAUCAAGAGUUAUAAAAAGCUUGUACCAGUAUACUAACACUUUUUUGUCUCUUAAAGAAAAAAGCAAAGGUAGCAUUCUCUGAUCAAGAGGGUAGACAUGAACUUCUCAGUGGUGAGGAUUCUCAUAACUCAGAAGAUCAGGUACAGUAUUAGGCACAGUUUUCCACAUGUUACAGUUCACAUUUUACAUUUCACAUUUUGAAUUUCACACAUUACACUUCACAUGUCACGUCUCCCAUCUAGUAUAUCACAUACAGCAUUGGGGGUUCAUCUAGGCAAGUAAAGCAUAUAUUUACAACCAGAGUGCCAGAGUAAGGGAUACUUUUGGCAUUUUUGUAGAAACUGACUUGUCUUAAAUUGUAUUAUUCCUUCUGUUUAGAGAGCCCGAUUGUUGGACAACACUGAAAGAGUGGAACGAUCUGGCAGACAACUUGAUGAAGGUUACAGAAUGUGUGUGGAGACAGGUGAGAGUGAAAUCCUACUAUAAUGCUGAUACAGACCAGAACUUCCAUGAAAUUUGUCCAUCAUGAAGCCCUGCUUGUGUUUAUUACUAGGCAUACUAUCAUUUGCCCUUCCUUUUUCAAAUUUCACAUUUCACUUUGAAAUUUCACAUUUCCCAUCUCACAUAUUGCAUUUCCCAUUUCAUGUAUCACAUUUCCUAGCUUGCAUUUCCCAUGUCACAUCUCACAUUUCACUUUUCCCAUUUCAUCUUACACCUUACACCUUUUCACUCUUCUUAUCAGUCUCCUAGGUUUACUAGCGCAAUAUGAACAAAUGAUUAUAAUAAAUAACACAACACUGACCCAAUUAGGCUGAAAACUCGACCUGAUGUCAUUGAGUCCACCAUGCUUGUAUUUGUAAAUUUCUAUGUUUUGUUUUUCACUUUCAAAAUCUUUGUUUUUUUAGCUUUAACAUUGAGAAUUAAUAUGUCUUGUGUGAGAUAUUCUACGAUUAACUGUCUUAACUUGAUGAACAAGAAAUAGAUGGGUGUGGUAAUGAUUGCACAGUCAAAUGACGCUACCCAUUCGGAAAUUAAACUUACACUUGCAUCUUGAUGAAUUUUGUUGCUUGGUCUUUCAGAACAAAUAGGAGUUGAUAUUAUGGAUAAUUUACAUAGAGACAGAGAAGUCAUAGAGAGAGCAAGGGAACGGGUAAGUGAUUAUCCUUUAACCCUUUACACCCUAACAUCAGUAUGCAUAUUCUCCCUACUGUUUCCCUACACAUUUCCUAAUGUGCUGACAAAGAGAAUUUAUAUAAAGAUCAAGAGUUUCUUAAAUUGGUGAUCAUUUCCUUUAUUCUCAUGACUGUAAUGUUUGAUUUAGGGGUGAUAUUGUAUGGAUAAAUUAGAUGCUUGUCACUCUUGGGGAUCAAAGGGUUAAAAUCUUAAGAGUGACCAGCAUGUAAUUUCUCCUUACAGUGAUACUGCUGAUAGUGUUUGCUUGUGAAACAAAUUUAGAUGGUAAUGUGUUUGUUUUUCUACUUACUAUGGCAACAAAUUGGUCUGAGCUUGAAGCACCACAGCACUAAAUGCAAGUAAUGUUGUAGUCAUAGCACUGAAAGGGUUGGGCUCUCAGCUUCUUGUGAUCAUUUUCAGAUCACUGAAUACCAGUAGUGUCCCAAGUGUUCAUAAUGACUCUCUCUUUUCAUCUUUGCAGACUCGAGCAACAGAUAAGAAUCUGUCAAAAAGCUCAAGAAUUUUAACAGGAAUGAUGAGAAGGUACCAUCCCCUCUUUAUAUUUUGAGCUGUAAGGUGUACUGUUGGAGGAAAUGUGAAUGUCAAAACUUGUUACCCAUUUCUUUGUAGUUUAUAAAGAUCAGGGGUUCCAUUAAAAGCCAAUUACCUGCUGUCCACAGCCACCUGUAAGACCUCUGACCACUGCCGUGUGUUUAGUGUGAGAGCGGGCUCUCAUGUUUGGUUUUUGCCUUAUGGCACUGCCAUCUAUUACACCAUGAGCAGUUGCUUGUGGAAAAAGUUAACCCUUAAACUCCUAAGGUCUGAUUGUUAAUUCUCCCCCUUAGCUGUUACUCAUUUCUUUGUAAAUUGGUUAUGAGAAUUUGGUGUUUGAUCAAGACAACAUCUUGUACCUGAUAAGUUUGAGUAUUCUCACUAGCUGUUUGCUAGAUAAUGUAUGGAUACUCUAGGGAGAAGUGACAUGUUAAUCACUUCUGGGAGUUAAAGGGUCAAUGAAACCUUCCAAAAAUGUUUGCAUCUUCUCCCAAUAAGCUCCUAUUCCCCUCUUCUCCCUUUUCCAAACUUAAACUUAUCAGGUAGAAGUUGUUAUCCUGAUCUUACAACAAAUUCUUGUAUCCAGUUUACAAGGUAAUGUGUAGCAGCUAGAGGGGAGAAUUAACAAUUAUAUAAUAAGCUCAGUUAUGCACACAUUCUAAUUGGUUCUCACUUAUGAUCUAUUGAAGGACAGACGUAUAGAUGACAUCAUCAUUAAAACUUUUUUAAAGUCUUUAUCAUAUAAAAUAAAUAGAUUCCAAUUUGCUGUGCAUCUGUGCAGUAAUAGAUCACAGAGGACGUCAAAAUGUGGUAAGAACAUCAGUGACACACUCGGCUGCACCUAGUGUGCCACUUUUUUGUUCUUACCACAUUUUGAUGCACAACAACUUGUAAUCUAUUUGUUAAUUAGAUAUUGGGAGUUAAAGGGUUAACAGUUUGGUACAAAAUUUGACCAGGAGAGUAGGGGUGGGGAAAGAAGCAAAAGAGAGGUGGAAAGAGCUUUAUCUAUGUAGAAUACCUCUAACUAGGAUUAUGCUUUAUGUGAGAGGUGCAGAGCCUAUAUUGGUCAGUGUGCUGGACUCUGGCUCUAGAGCUGCAGGUUUGAGACAUGGGCAGGUCUGUGAGAUGUGUUCUUGGGCAAAAUACUUUGCGCUCUCUCCAAGCCUCUCUCCAAGCCUCUCUCCAAGCCUCUCUCGAAGCCUCUCUCCAAGCCUCUCUCCAAGCCUCUCUCCAAGCCUCUCUCCAAGCCUCUCUCCAAGCCUCUCUCCAAGCCUCUCUCCAAGCCUCUCUCCAAGCCUCUCUCCAAGCCUCUCUCCAAGCCUCUCUCCAAGCCUCUCUCCAAGCCUCUCUCCAAGCCUCUCUCCACCCAAGAGUAUAAAUGGGUACCAGUGAAUUUUCGGGAAAGGUAACCUCGGGAUGGACGUGCAUUCCACCCAGGGGGGGAGUAGCAAUACUCCUAGUCACUUUGUACUACUUGGUAACCAGGAUAAGCUUUGAUCAGUUGCGGGAAUAGGCUGGAGUUCUUGCCCUUUAUGCUUUUUUUCAAACAAGCCACAGGAAUAAAAGUAGCAGUUGUGUUGAUUAUUCAAGCCAGUUUAUUCAACCUAGAAUGUAACUCAUCCAUCCUUUUUUUUAUUGUUUUCAGGAUUAUACAGAACAGAAUAAUAAUGGCUGUUAUCUGCCUUGCAAUACUGGGUGUUAUUGGACUGAUCAUUUAUUAUGCAACCAAAUGAUAUCACUAGGCCAGUUAGGUACCUUCAUUCAGGAUUUCACAAAUUUUAAGUAUAGAAUUUAAUCUGAAUUUGUUGAGAAAAGACAAAUUUAAUUUCAGGAAGAAUGUACAUACAUUAAGUCCGAGUUACGAACAAAUUUAUGGCUGUUUGAAGCAAAAAAAAAUUUUGGUUUAAACAGGGUUUUUUUUUCAAGGAAAUUAAAUUGACCACCUAGGAUACAGCCUUUAGGAGCACAUUUAAACUAAAAGAUUCCGUCUACCAGAGGAAAUUCUUGGUAAUAAACAGUGAAACUUGUAUUAAGCAGAAACUCUGCAUUAAGUGGAUGCUAUCUCAAGUUCCAAAUAUUCCUCGAAUGAGCCUGUAUGAAUCCUCUGACUUCUAAAAGUGAUUAACAUGUAACUUCUCCCAAUAAUAUCCAUAUAAUAUCUAGCAAACAGGUAAUGAGAGUACUCAAACUUAUCAGGUUAAAGUUAUGAUCUUGAUCUCACACCAAAUUCUCAUAACUAAGUUGUAAGGAGAUGUGUAGGAGCUAGAGGCGAGAAUUAGUAAUCAGAUCUUGGGAGUUAAAGGAUACCAGUAUGAGUCUUGUUGAUGUCUACUUAUAAUAUCCAACAGGUUUCAAUGCCUCUAUGUGGCGUGAAAAUGUGUACGGACAUUUUCUGAUCCAAGAUGCGAACAGUUUUCUGAGAGCAAAGAUCGAGGGAAACUGUGAGCUUCGAGGAACAGGUAAUGUCUAAGGACAAGUAUACGAGCAUGUUUUCGUGCAAAAUAGAGGCUAUUGUGUUAAUUAUCCUUCAAAUAUUUUGCAACGCGCGUGAAGAAAUGUUUAUGAACAAACAAAUAUAUCCCUCCUUCUGUAGCAACCACAAAACGCUCUCUCAUCUUGAAUUAAAAUUGAAACGAUGACUUAUCGUAGAGGACGUACGGUUCGAAAAUUGGGGAAUAUCACUCGGGUGAUAUCCUCGGAUAUCCCCAGUUUUAGCUGGGGGAUAUUCGGUCAAGUGAUGCGUUUAGACCAGUCGCGCGCGAGUUAAAAUAUUUGAUAGAUCAUAACUAAAAUCAUCAAAUAUCAUUCUCUGCUUCAUUAAAGAGAAUUUAUUUUAACUUGUGAUGUCUUGUUUCAUAAUUAAGUCGUGAUUAACGGGAGACACAAGUUGUCGGUUUUAAAUGAAAACUUAAUUAAGUGCUUAAUUACUCUUAUUGUUCAAAAAAUAUAAAUCCUAAUAUUUCAUUUAAGUUUGUGGGACGAGUAUUUGUUUAAAAAUGGUCAUGAUAUAAUUUUAUUGAUCACUGUCAGUAUCUGAGCGGCUGCGCACCAACCCCUUCCCCCAAUCUAACAGCAAUCAACUGAU